AUGAAAGCCAAACAUGACCCCGAACAGGUCACGCAGCCCCUCGAGGUUGCCCGGCAGGCACUCUAUAUUGGUGGAGCCUCAGCCGUUCCUGGUACCGUGAUUGGUGCCUUCUACGGUACUAUCCGCACGCAAACUCCGGUUCUCUUCUCCAUUGUAUCAGGAGCGCAAUGGUUCGCCAUUGGCAGCACGUUCUGGGGCAUCCGCACGUCAGUCCUCAACCACGCUGGCUUACUCAACUGGUGGAACCUCACUCGCGGUGCGCCCGUCUAUCCUCGCACCGACCUCAACCCAACCACGUCUGACAAGGUUCGCGCGUCAGCCCUUGCUGGUGGACUGACUGGAUUCAAUCUCGGCCUCCUCUUUCGCGGCCCUCGAAAUGUCAUUCCAGGUACCAUCAUGUUCACUCUGUUCGGCUGGGCAGGACAACAUGGGUACAAUUACCUCGACGCCAAAAACUCCAGCGAAAUCCAGGAACGAGCGAGAGGUGAAGCCAAGCCCAAGGAGAACUUUAUGCAAAAGAUUGCGAAGAGCAAGUGGAGUCCUAUGCAAGUCUUGACCGAUGACGACUACGAGAACAUGAUGCAGGAAAAGCUUCUUCGGGUGGAGGCCCAGAUCGCGGUAAUUGACGACAAGAUUGAUGCAUUGAAGAAGCAAGCGUUCGAGUUGGAGACGCAGCGGAAGAUGAAGGAAAUGCAAGAGCGGGAACAAACUACCAAGUGA